AUGACAGAUGUUAUUUGCGAAAUUUGUGGAUAUGACGGUGCUGCCGAUUGGCUCCUUAUAUGCAGGAAUAGUGAUAGGUGUUGCCGUGGGCGGCAUCUGUACUGCGUGGAUAACGUGAAGUUGCCCAGCCAGCCACCCACGGAUCUCUCUGUUUAUGGGUCUGUCGAGUGCUCGCUUUGUUCCUCUACGACUGUACAAGCGUCUGCCGGUAAGAAGAGGGGCACAGCAGCUGCAGCCGCUGGCAACAAGACGACCUCCCAGCGGAGCAAGCGCAGCGCCCACGAGCCAGCCUCUGGAACUCAUGCAGUUUCAUCAUUACACCAGACAUACACAGCAACCGCCAACACUGGGCCUGCAGACGCUGCCGCCGCACGGGACCAGGUGUUUGGAUCUGCAGGAAGCGUCUUUGCCCGGCCGGAGGCGCAGAAGGAAAUUGCUGGAGGUGUGGGGGAGGAUGCAGGGACGGGGACGGGCAAGAUCAGCCCACGCACUGGCGGAUUUUCUUUGGGUCACGAUGCUGAUCAGGUUAGACCUCGACAGUUGUACUUGGUGCCACAUACAGGCCCCGGACAGCCGCAGCAAGCCAGGCCUGCGACUGCGACUGCAACUGCAAUCGCCGCUGGCGUGGCAGACCAGAAACCACAGCCGCAGUCGCAGCUGCAGGAUUUCGACUUCGCCUUUGUCGACAGCAGCCCGCUGCCGCAUCCUAGAAACGCAACAGCCACAGGCUCGGCCCAGGUCAGAGGGCCAAGCGCUACUGGGUCCGUUAGCCAAGGGGGCGCAGGCGCAGCAGCAGGAGCAUCAGCGGCGGCGGUCGCGGGGAAGCUUGCUGGCGCCACGGCAGAGGCGGAUGGCUACUUGGAUGCCGAGAACAGUGACAGCGACAGUCGGCCGCAUAAGAGGGCAAAGGUCCAGGGUGUGGCUUCGGCCGCCAAGGUGCAGGCGCGGGCCUCUGCCGGUCGCCCAAUGACACAGCAGCCUUCGGAGAGUCAGGAACACCAGAGUCACAAUCAGCGAGUCGCAGCUUUUGGGUCGGGCCCAUUUUCAGCCAAAGCAGCUCCACCCUCAGCAGCAGCCCCAGCCCCAGCCCGCAACCACGUUGCGCAAGGCAAACCCGGCAGUCUGUCGGAGCGGUAUAAAGGGCAACUGAGGGAUGUGGGUCGACACACGCAAAUGACCGAUGGGUCGCUGCCCGGCAUGCCGCAGCGCAGUUUAAAAAGUGUGGCGAACCCAGCAGCGAUAGCGGCUGCCGCGGCUGCCGGCGGCGCAGCAGCCCCGCGCUUGGAUAAGCAGCUUGACCCAGAUUUAUCUGCCUUUGAUGACCUAAGCUCGCCGCCGCAAAAAGUUGCUGGCCCUCACGGCUCGCGAGGCCCAGCUCCGGCCGGUAGGGUGGUCAGCAGCGCCGGCAUCAGGCCGGGUCUGUAUCUCGCUACGGAAGCCUCAGCCGGCGGCGCGCUGAAGCAGAGACAAGGAGUACCAGCGGCAAGCGGGGUUGGACGGCUGCCGUUGGGCCUCCCGUCCAAUGGCAUGGGCGCCCGUGUGCAGGGUCGUCCGAUGUCGAUGGGCAGCAGACCGGACCGCGGGGCGCUGAUGGGCCCUGUUGCUGGCGGCAUUGGCAGCCGCGUGCCGCCUGCUCCAGGGGCCCGCGCGGUACGCCCUGUGCUGCCUGCAGCUCGCACGUUUGGUGCUUCAUUCGACAUCCAGCAGGCGCUCGGCGGCAACAAGGGCGCCGGCAGCAUGGGUGGCACGGGGCCGUCCGCACCGGUGCUGCCGUCGGGGAGCACUCCCUCGGGCAUGCUGGAUAACAUGGGCAGCGUGGGAAGUCUGGGGAGUCGAGUGUCUACGAGCACGGGGCCGCUGGGAAGAGGCAAACGUCGGGAUACUCGACGGGUCGAAUUGUGGGUUUGCAUGCUGCCGCUCAAAGUCGAUCCCGAGCUGCUAGCGAGCGUAAGCAAGGACCAAAAGGACCAGGUUUUAGGCUUAACCAUGCAGUCGAUCACUCCCCACCAGAGCAUGGUGCGGUUGUGCAACCUGCUUAGCUCUACCGUCUUCUCGGAAGGGGACCUGAAGUGGAGCAUAAUGCAGGGCGACGGCCAGGGCGGGGUGCCGCCUACGAUUACUGAGACGCGAGACCCAGGUGCCGCCGCGCUGACCCCGCCACGCAGGUUCUAUCAGAGUUAUGCGCCCUGUGAGACCUGCCUGGUGAUGCUACCCACAAUGACGAUUGGCAAAGGCUACGAUUGGUUCACCAAGUUGUUGAGCAAGCUCAAGGCAGAAGGUUGUUUAUUAGCCGUGGAGCUGGCCUUCCUCACGCCUGCGCACCUGGCCCGGGACCCUGUCCUGGCGCGGCUGCUUAGCGCACAGGCGAGCGAUCGCGGAGGCCGCGUCGCGGACCCCGCCGGGCCCUUCCGGCUGUACUUCAUGCCACACCAAGUGCCUAUCGACGGGUUUGACUUUGACAACGGCGUCAUUGACUGCCUGCUCUGCCUGACGGGCAGCCGGAAGCACGUCCAUGUGAUGUCUAUUUGGGACCCGACACCGGCGUCUGCAAGGGGCAUCAAAGGUAUCCUAAGGUCCUCGGACAAGGCCCCGACACCCAAGAAGCGGGUAGACUUUGAGAUAAAGGACGGCAACGAUCACGAGCAUGGGCGUCUGCUGAGAGAGAAAGAAGGCUACGCCCUGAAGCACACCACGGCGUUGGAGGGGCCGGCGGCGGGCGCGUACAGCGGAGGCCAGGCCAGCACCAGCCGAAACAACGCUGCCGACGGCGUCAAGGGCAUUAAAAGCAGCGACGGCGUCAUAAACGAAAGAGCUGAUGCGGCGGAUGCUGGUGAAGCGCAAAGCAAUGCAGAUCUGGCUGCGUUAACAGAUACCCGGUUUCCUGCUAGGGGCGUUACGGCCAGGACCCAAGUCCCCUUUGGGGUCGGGGGAACUGCGUCGGGGGCGCCGAACUCGGCACGCACAGGUCCUCCUGCGGGCGAUCUGGCCGGAUCGACCGGAUUAUGCCAAAGAGCGUCCGACGGCAGCAAUGGCGGCGGCGGUGGCAGCGGCGCACAACUGGAGGCACAGUCGGAUGCGGCAGUUCCCGUAGCCAGUUCCAUUGAGGCGAUGGAUAUGGAUAUGGCUGUGGGCGCAGGGUCCCAAGAGGUGCCUACCGGUGCCGAUGCCAUGGCUGUACACGAGCAAGGCGCAGCGUCACGGACUGCUGCCGCCGCAGCUCUGCCUCAGGCCGGUGCUACCGUUGACACAGAAGCAGCAGCAGCAGGUGCACCUCCUGAAGGUGCCGGACAGCAGAAGCAGCAGAUCCAGAUAAAGCUGGAGCAGAUUGAGGAGUCGGGUCCUGCCUCAUGUAAGUUACAAGGUGUAUCUUUUGACGGGGGCGGUGCAGCGGCGACGGGCGACGGCCGGCGCCGUAAGGAAAUCGACAUUAUACCAUGUGAGGGCAGGUCGCGGCACGCGCCUCCUGCCGGUGCGCUGGGAGCGGCGGCGGCGGCGGCAGCAGCAAACGCGACGACAGGCACACAAGCCGCAUCCAUGGGGCCGCCCGGAGGGUCCUUCGUAACGGCAAUGCUCCCGCCGGCACCAGCUGUUUCAAGGGUGUCAUUGCCGCGGAGAGGACAUAAGCCGGCGGCCGCUGGGACUUCAGGGACGAUCCCCGGGGCAACGGCAACAGCAACAGAACCUAAAGCCCGAGAGGCGGCGGAGUCCGGAUCGGGACUGGCAGCUAUGGCCUCCGGUGCAACUCUGCCUACCGUUGCCGCAGCGGCGGCGGCUCCGCCAGGUGCGACGGCAGCCCCAGCGCCGGCGGCGAAGGCACCGCAAGCUCCAUCACCAGCAGGGAUAACGGAGUCGGAGCCCUCCACGGCACCGCAGGAUCUAUUACCGGUGGGGCUAGCGGCGUUAGGGCCAUCGACGGCGGCCAUUGAAGCAGCAGUAGCAGCAGCCACAUCGCUACCGGCUUCUGCCGGCGGCGGCGAGGAAGCGCAGGUCGUUGACGGGCCUUACGCAGCGGGCGAGGGUGGCUUUACGGUGGAGAGCAGCUUCUUCACGCAGUUCACUUGGUCCAUUGAGGCGGUUGGUCCCGUAGCGGAGCAUCACGCCCGUGUGAGCCCCUCUUCCGGGGCUGUUGAAGCGAGCACGCGGCGGCCCGAGGUUUCGGAGAUGGGGACUCAGCCCCACCGCCUCCCGCCGCACCUGCAGCCCCUGCAUCCGCGGCAUCUGCGGAACCCUCACCGCCAUACGCUCGCGGUUGCCAACGGCGAUGACGACGCAGGAGUCGCCAACAACAACAUCAACAACAACCUGCUGCCGACGUGUGGGUCCACAACUGGUGACCCAAUGGGUUGCGUCAUCAACGAGCAGUUGCCGCCUGUUGGAAUCUGGGGGGCCGCCGCCGCCGCCGCCGCCGCCGCUGGCGUGCGAGGGCUGGGUGAGGGAGAGGAUGAGGCCAGGGAGUUGCUUCCAAUGGCUGGUAGCAACAAUCCCGUCGAGGAGGUAGUGUGUGCGGCGCUGAUGGAGGGCAACGCACAACACCUGCAGUCUCAGGCGCAGCGGCAGCUACGAUCGCAAGCGUGUAUGCCGCGGCUGGAACUGCACCACCACCACCACCACCACCAGCCGCUGCAGCCGGGGUAUGAUGGCCCAGGCCGGCAGGUGGGGAUAAUGGACGAGGCUGAGGAAGCCGUGCGAGAGCGUCGGCAUGAGCAGGAUGAGGAUGAUGUGCCUAUGGAGCUGUGUUCACCGACCCACGGCAGCACGGACGGUGUCAGCUGUCGGGAGCCUGAAGCCGCCGUUGCAUUCAUCGAUACAGGGGAGGAGCCAGACAACAGGAACGGCAACGGCAAACAUAUAAGAAGCAGUAAAGGGAGUGAGGACAGCGCUGGCGCUACAGCGGUACUGGUCAGUUUGCUGCAGAAGCGACCCACAGAGGUAGCGGCGGGAGCAGGAGCGGCACCUGUGCCGCUGGACAGCCUUGGCGGCUUGGACAAGAUGUCGGGUUCGCGGUCGCCGCAGCAACAGCAGCAGUUUGCUGUGCAAUGGCGAUCAUUGGUGCCCAAGACGCUGUUGUUUCCGCAGGGCAGUUUGGAGGCGGCGGGCGGAGCGCCUUGUGAAGCUGAGGCCGAGGGUUGUGAAGACAUGGAUUUGGAUUUGGUUGAGCCAGGUGUCCUGCCUGGGGACAUGUCGCUGAUGAGUUCGGACGUGGAGCUUGGUACCUGGCAUGACCUCGUGGGCAAACCCGCGCAUGCCCUUGAGGUGCUACCGCCUCUGGAAGUCUCGAAGAUGCUGCCGCGGCAGCAACAACACAAGGAACAAGAACAGCAGCAGCAGGCGGCGGUGCUGAAGUCGGGUGUGCUGAAUCCCGCGCUUCGAAGGCAGCUGCCGUUCCUCAUGUCAAAUCUCCACGCUCUCCCACGCAUGCCACUACGCGGCUGCCAGGUUCGGCUGAUGGCGAGCGGUGAUGAGGAGCCGGAGCUGGCCGCAGCGCUGGACGCUUCGGCGAAGGAGCUUGGCUUCGGCUGGUCGGCUUGGAGCACGGAUAUCGCCCCGGAGGACCUGAGCGGUGUCCAGGUUCUGGCCCUAAGCGACUCGGUGGUGCACGCAAUGUCAUGUCCAGCAGCAACCGUGAACGGCCUCAUCCUCAAGGCAAUUGCCGUACACCCGAUUUUGCUGUACAGGGCUGAGGCGCUGGUUAAGGGUUUGCGGCUGCUUGCCCGCGACGCGAGGCGGCGCUGCAUGGCAACGGCACGAGGGCUUCCAGAUGCAAAACCGUUGGUGAAACUUAAGGUCGAGGUGCCCUCAGAGCCGCUGACGUCAUCCCACGGGAUCCCAGCCUCGCGCUACAGCCCCACACCCAGCCCCAGCCCCAGCCCGAUCUUGGAGGACGUGCUGAGCCUAGCCCAAGUGGACGGCAGUACCCCGGUGGGCGACUGCCAGCCGCUAUACCCGACCCGAGUGGUGGUGGUAAUGGACGCCCAGGGUUUCCUGGGGACUCCGCCCAAGUUGCUCCGGCAGCUGACCGGCUGCCUGCUGGCUGGCUCCCGCGUCUGGGGCCAGCCGUGGCUGCUGCAGAUGCGCGAGGCCCACAUUAUUCGGGUACAGACCCACGGGUCACAAGAGCAUCGGGUGGUCCUCAGCCGUGCGCUGGAUCCCGACGCGCUGACGUCUACCCGUCGAGGCUCAUUUGGCCCUCAUGCGCCAUGCGGCGUUGUGGCCGCCGCUGCCGGCAGCGCAGCGGAUGGCAGGCGCCUGCCGCAGUUUUCGGUUCUGCAGCCGUUGGGUCGCGAGGUGGAGAGCUCAGCGGCGGGAUCCGAGGCGGUUGUUUUGAAGGAUGCGGAGAAGGUGAUGCGGCUGAGGCGGCCGGGGCGGCUGGUGGUGGCGGCGUAUGCGGAUGACGUGGAGGCCAAGUUGCAUGCGAGCAAGGGCCGGCGCCGGCGGGACAUCCUGGCUGGGACGGUGCUGGAGGUGGUCAGCUUUUUGGACCUGCUGUUGUCCCAUGCGUGGCUGGAACAGAAGGGCAAGUUUUAG